GGAGGUCCUCCCCAGUAGUUCAGGCACUUCACAAGCACUGCCUCUGGAAUGUUCAAUGCUUAGAACCCAGCGACCUGGCCUUUUAAGCAACAGUGAGGCUUGGGCAUUCCAGACACUCCUAUUGGCUGGACAAAUGGGUAGGUGACCUCCCUCUCCUCAGAGCCAUCACCAGGAAUCAAGGUUUGACCUUAUGGAUUCCCAGCGAGAGGACAUGAGCAUCCCUGGUGUGUGGAUCUCGCUGUACUUUGGAUUUCUGGGGCUAUGUUCUGUGAUAACUGGUGGCUGCAUUGUCUUCCUGCACUGGAGGAAGAACCUGCGGCGAGAGGAGCGUGCCCAGGAGUGGGUCCAGGCAAUGAGAGCUGCCACGUUCACCUACAGCCCACUGCUAUACUGGAUUAACAAGCGACGACACUAUGGCAUAAAUGCAGCCAUCAACAUGGGCCCACCUUCAACUGUCACCAAGACUGAGACUGAGACACAGAAUUCAGAUCCUGUGUGGGAGCUGGACAUACCUGAGAGCAGGGCCCAUGCUGCCCAAGGCCGAAACCCCCAGGAGGUAUCUGUUCCUCUGCAAGCUGCCCUGCAGCUGGCCCCACAGCGGUCCCAACCUUCCCCGGUGCCUCUGCCCCAGGCCAGCUUCCCACUCCAGAUUCCCAUCUUCCAGGAGGUGCCUGUUGCCCUCUCCCUUUGCAACCUACCCCCAAUGCUGAACCACUCAGUCUCAUACCCUUUGGCCACACGUGCUGAAAGGAACGUCCAAUUCCAUUCCCUCCCUACUCUGGUUCAUGGGAACAACCACAAUAUGAAAACCUAUGCUUCAGAAUUGUAACCUCUUCUCACUGAGGGUGGGAACUGGAGCUAUCAGGCAGAGAAGGAAACGGAAUUAUUUUAGGGAGGUGGUACUGACAAGAGGCCAGGGCCCAUCUGGAUGUUACAUUAUGAAAAAUAAAAAAAAAUCCAAGGCUCUCUUGU